CACGAUUUAAAGGCACACGACCGAGGCAAGUGCAUGCGCCAGUGGAGAGCAGCUGGCAGCGCGGGCGCAAGAACGACUGACAUUCCAACGACAGUGAGCUACAGUACAUCUCUAUCAGAUGUAUUGCGCUUGUUUUUCAUGGAACCUCUGGAGAUUUUUUGUCUAUCACUUCUGUAGAAUCUUACCAUGAGGACAUGCGAUGGCCUUCAGACCCAAUAACAAAGAAAGUUUCAUGUCCCUACCGGCUGAUAGACGAUUUAAACCUGCAGCUUGAACACUGAUGAAGAUUUGUCUUUAUAAUGUCAGUUAUUUGUCCUUAGAAUUUUCCCAGUGCAUCAGAAAUUCUCUCAUCCUUUAUUGUUUCACCUGAUUGGUAAUAUGGAAACCACCAUCACAAACAAUAUUUUUACCAAAUAUGUCCAGGACUUAUGAGCCUGGUCACUCAGUCGGGAUGUUGGCAGCCGUGGAACACGGUCCGAUUCUCUGCAGUGACUCCAACAUCCUCAGCCUCUCCUGGAAAGGCCGGGUCCCCAAGAGUGAGAAGGACAAGCCGGUGUGUCGGAGGCGGUACUAUGAGGAGGGCUGGCUGGCCACGGGGAACGGGAGGGGAGUCGUGGGUGUGACGUUUACCUCCAGUCACUGCAGAAGGGACAGGAACACCCCCCAGAGAAUCAACUUCAAUUUACGGGGACACAACAGUGAGGUUGUCUUGGUGCGCUGGAAUGAGCCCUUUCAGAAGCUGGCCACAUGUGACAUGGAGGGAGGCAUCUUUGUGUGGAUUCAGUACGAGGGACGGUGGUCUGUGGAGCUGGUGAACGAUCGCGGUGCCCAGGUGAGUGACUUCACCUGGUCUCAUGACGGCACUCAGGCCCUGAUUGCCUACAGGGACGGUUUUGUCCUGGUGGGCUCCGUGAGCGGACAGAGACACUGGUCGUCUGAGAUCAACCUGGAGAGCCAGAUCACCUGUGGCAUCUGGACACCAGACGACCAACAGGUGUUGUUUGGGACAGCAGACGGUCAGGUGAUAGUGAUGGACUGUCACGGUCGCAUGCUGGCCCACGUCCUGCUACAUGAGUCCGACGGAAUCAUCAGCAUGUCCUGGAACUGCCCCAGCUUCCUGGUCGAGGACAGCACAGAGAGUGACACGGACACGGACGACAAUGCCCCGCCUCAAGUGCGCAACGUGAAACCUCUGCUGACGGUCAGCUUCAUAUCUGGGGACAUCAGUUUGAUGAAUCACUAUGACGACCUUUCUCCUAACAUAAUCUGCUCAGGGCUCAAAGAUGUGGAGGUACAGUGGUGCUCCCAGGGGGACCUUCUGGCCGUGGCCGGGAUGGAGCGACACGGGCUCCCUACGGAGUCCACCUGUGCAUCCAUAAUGAGGAACGCCUUGGUCAAGUUCUACAAUGUCCAGGGAGAACACAUCUACACUCUGGAGACACCAGCCCAGAGACCCAUCACCACCAUCUGCUGGGGACACAGAGACUCCCGCCUGUUCCUGGCGUGUGGGCCGGCGCUCUACGUGGUCCGCGUGGAGCACAGGGUGGCCAGCCUCCAGCUGCUCUGCCAGCAGGGCAUCGCCAGCGCCCUGCGGGAGGAGAGGGACGUGGGCAAACUAAACAUGCCCUCCCUGCUCUGCUCCUACGUCACCACUGCCUUCAUACCCACCAUCAAGCCUCCAAUCCCUGACCCCAACAACAUCCGGGACUUUGUCAGCUACCCCACGGCAGGGAACGAGAGGCUGCACUGCACCAUGAAGAGGGCGGAGGACAACCCUGAGGCGGGGGGGCCCUGCUACACUCUCUUCCUGGAGCACCUGGGCGGGCUGGUGCCCAUCCUGAAAGGACGCCGCAUCAGCAAACUACGCCCAGAGUUUGUCAUCAUGGACCCCAAAACAGACGGCAAAGCAGACGAGGUGUGUGUGAAUGCCAUGAUCUCCUACAUGACGGACAGCUGUAACUGCUCCGACUCCAGUGACAUGGAGCUGAGUGACGAGUGGGUCGGCAAGAAGUCCCCAAAGCUCUCCCGAGGAAACAGGUCACCCAAACACUCCAGGAUGAACAUGGAAUCUAGGAAAUCUCCGAAUCUGUCACGCGUUACUCAGGAAGGGCCACGAUCACCACGGUUACCCACCAGGAAGGCUGCGGUUCGUUCCCCUAGUCUGACACGGAGAGAAUUCUCCAUGGAUGGAAUCACUGAGCAUAAUUACCUUGCUCAGGUUACAUCCAAUAUUUGGGGGACAAAGUUCAAAAUUGUUGGACUUGCUUCUUUCCUGCCUGCCAAUCUUGGUGCAGUUAUCUACAAGACCAGUUUGCUGCAUUUGCAGCCGAGACAGAUGACCAUUUAUCUACCAGAGGUUCGGAAGAUAUCUCUGGACUUCAUGAGCCUGCCUGUCUUCAACCCCAACGUCUUCAGCGAAGAUGAGGAUGACUUGCCCGUUAUGGGGCCCUCGGGUGUGUCAGGUGACAACCCUCCCUGCACAGUCAACAUCCCCAUUGCCCCCAUCCACAGCCCUGCCCAGGCCAUGUCCCCCACUCAGAGUAUUGGACUGGUCCAGUCCCUGCUGGCCAAUCAGAAUAUUCAGCUGGAUGUCCUGACCAAUCCCACGGCCACGGCAGCAGCAGCAGCGGCGGCAGCCUCAGUCCCAAUAUCUGAGCACAGCCAGGAGGCGGUUGGCGCCCAGUACCCUGUGGCAGCGCGCUACUCCAAUCCAGGCCAGGUGAUCUUUAAUAGGGUGGACAUGGGCCCUCUACUCCCUGGGACCCUGCCUCCCCCUCCUCCUCCUCACCACCUCCCUCCACAGCCUCACCAACCACGCUCUCAGUCACAGCAGGCUCACCAACAGACGUCCAAACCUCCACAGCAAAUACAAAUUCAGAUACAGAUGCAACAACAGCAGCAGAAAAUUCAGCAGCAUCAUCAGCUGCAGCAGCACCAUCAACAGAUGCAACAACAGCACCAACAACAAAUUCAACAACAACAUCAACAGCAAAUUCAGCAACAACAGCAACAACAACAGCAACAGCAAAUUCAACAACACCAACAGCAAAUUCAACAACAGCAACAACAGCAUCAUCACCCACAGCAACAACAGGCACACCAACAGCUGCAGCAGGUGCAGCACCAGCUCCAGCAGCAGCAUCAGCUCCAGCAGCUACAGCUGCAGCAGGAGCACCACCAGAUCCAGCAGCAGCACCAGCUGCAGCAGCAACACCAGCAACUGCAGCUGCAGCAGGAGCAGCAGCAGCUACAGCUGCAGCAGGAGCACCACCAGAUUCAGCAGCAGCAGCAGCAGCUGCAGCAGCAACACCAGCAGCUGCAGAUGCAGCAGGAGCACCAUCAAAUGCAGCUGCAGCAGGAGCAGAUGCAGCUGCAGCAGCAGCAUAUCCGCCAGCAGAUCCAGGAGAUGCGAGAGCAGCAGCACCAGCUGCAGCAGCAGCACCAGCAGAUCCAGGAGCAGCACCAGCAGAUGCAGAGGCAGCACCAGCAGAUGCAACAGCAGCUGAAGAUGCAGAUAGCACUGCCCCCUCCACCGCCCACCGGCUACCCCACUAUCACUCUGCAGCAGCUGCAGCUCCUCCCCCCGCCCCAGGUGCCCCGCCCUGGCAAUGAGCCGGGCGGGGAGAGAGGAGGGGAGCACGGGCACACCCUGAAGCCCAGCCUGCCGCGGUCUCUGCCUCCAUCCUUCAUGGAGGCAGACUCCUCUCUGGAGCUCCAGAUGAGGAAGGUGAACCCGCCUCCGCCUUACCCGGGCACGGCAGUGUCCGCGGCCUCUGCCUCUGCAGCCCCUGCGGGCCUCAUCACCAACUGCGACAGCCCCAGUGUGCUGGUGGCAGACCCCUGCCUGAAGAAGGAUGAGUUCUCCCUGCAUCAGGUCGGCCUCCAGUACCCGACCCCAUUGGGCUAUGAGCGAAUCACCACCUUCGACAGCAGCGGGAACGUGGAGGAGGUGUGUAGGCCGCGCCGACGACUCAUCCGCAACCAGAGCUCAUCCUACGCCGUCCAGGCCAUGGGCGGCUCUGCCACCCUCAAAGUCACCUCGUCCGAGAGCAAGAAGGUGCAGCUGCCCUACAGCUCAGCCACCCUGAGCCGCCUCUCCGUCCCCAGGUACUCCAUACCCAGCGGAGACCCGCCCCCUUACCCAGAUCCAGCCAAUCAGGUCACCACCAAUGUCCCGCUGGCUCCUUCCCAGAGGAUAGAUGGCAGCCUGAUUCAUGCCACGCUCCGACACGACCGGAGAGAUGUGGCUCUGAAGGUGCCUCAGAUGGUUGACACAUCGCGGACCCUGCCGACCAAGUCGAAGAUGAACAGCGCCCUGGCCCUCUCCUACCAGCAGAGGGUGCCCACUGCGUUGUAUACAUGCACUCAGUGUAGCAGUAACAGCAGCAGCACCAGCGUUAGCGUCAGUGGAGGAACCAGCAGCAGUGGAAUAGCCGGGGGAACCGUCGUACGGCAAGAUUUCCCUCCUGGAAAGGGUGCCCAUCACAGCACCAUAAUCGUGCACUCUAAAAGUACCUCUCCUCUAGCCUCUCAGUCCUCAUACAGUCUCCUGAGUCCAGGUGACAACGGCCGAGACAGGACGGUCUACGUGAACUCUGCCUUCACUGAAGACGAGACUCUCAAUCAGCAGUGCCAUUUGGAGAAAUCCGUGCGUCAUUUGACCCUGGGGGAAGUUAGUUUGACGGUGAAACGUCCACCUCCAUACCAAUGGGACCCCUCUACCACGGAGGAGUUCUGGCUGUCCCAGGGUCAGGCUAUCCUGCCCCCUCCUCCAGGAGCACACAAACCUCCACCGCUCAUCUUCAGCCAGGCUCAACACCUGGACAUGACGAGGCUGCCUUUCGUCAUCACCACCAAACCUCCCAGCAGUCCCAGUGCCGUGACCUUCCCAUCAGGAUACCAGAUCUCCCUGUCACCUUUCCCACCAGGUGUGACUCACAGUGGACCCCCACUGCAGUCCAUGCAAAGCACCUCACCACAGUGCGCUACCAAUGAGGUCAUCAACCCGGUCCCCUUCGCUCAGACGGAACCUAGCCUGGUCCUACCACCGGGAUACCUGGCCAACCUGGCCUGCUGCCCCCUCCCUCCAAUGUACCCAGGAGCAAGCUCCUGUACUGGGCUUCAACUCCACCCAGUCACCUUGCACCCCUGGAACCCUUACCCGUGUCCGCCCCCCAUGCACGACCAGCCCCCACCCCUCCCUACCAAGACUCACCAGCUGCUAGAGAAGCCAGUCCUUUCCCCUCCUCCGACCGCCCCACCCCCUCCGCCUCCCCCUCUCCCCCCUCCUCCUCCACCCACGGAGAUUCCGAACCCUAAAAGUGCCACGGAGGAGCUGGCAGGGUCCGCCAACAGCUUUCCAGAGCCGUCCUCCCUAAACGAAAGCCCGGUCCCGCAGGGCUCGGACAAGUUCAGCAAGAAGAGUCGCAAGCGUCUGGACAGCAGGGCAGAGGAGGCCAGCAUGACCACCGUCUCUGAGGGGAGAUCCAAAAAGGAGGGCCGGGCCCUCUCCGACUUUAACUCCCUCAUCUCCAGCCCGCGACUGGGCGGCAGGGAGAAGAAGAAGCCUAAGGGCCAGAAGGAGCAGCUCAACAAAACCAAGAAGCUGAACAGGACCGCCAACGAGUUUCAGGACAGUUCGGAGAGUGAGCCUGAGCUGUUCAUCAGUGGAGACGAGCUGAUGAACCAGAGCCAGAGCAGUAAGAAGGGCUGGAAGAGCAAGAGGAGCCUCCGCAUGGCCAGCGAGCUGGAGGAGAUCAAGUGUCGCAAGGCUAACGAGAGAGAGGACAGGGGGCUAGGCAGCCAGGGCUUUGUCUACGUCAUGGCCAACAAGCAGCCGUUGUGGAACGAGGCCACCCAGGUCUACCAGCUUGACUUUGGAGGACGAGUGACACAGGAGUCAGCGAAGAACUUUCAGAUUGAGCUGGAUGGCAGACAGGUGAUGCAGUUUGGCAGAAUCGACGGUAAUGCUUAUAUCUUGGAUUUCCAGUAUCCUUUUUCAGCAGUGCAGGCGUUUGCCGUUGCCUUGGCAAACGUUACUCAAAGGCUGAAGUAAAACCGUGCCGUAAACUGGUGACAAACUGGUUAUUUUAUUAAAUGUCAUCGGUCCUUUAAAUUCAGUUAAGCGUUAAACAAAGACAGGAGGUGUCAUGGAGUUUGUACCAUUUGCCUCCUCAAGGGAGGCCAUACAUCAGGUUUAGUUUUAAGUAUAUUGCAAAUGGAUUCAUUGCUAACUGAAAAGAAAGAUUUGACUGCCAGUUUUGGCUUUGAAUGUGUGCAAUGGAGUUAAUCACCUCGUCCGAAGGUGAAAAGCCAUCAUAGUGCUAACAUUAUCUUGAGAUCGUUGUUCAAUAGUCAGGGGAGGAAUCGUGAAGUUGGAGAAACCACAUAUGAAUUUUUGAAUUUGACAACAUAUUUUACAGAACCCCUAAAAGACUUAAAGUUAUUAGGUUUUCAUGGAAGAAUAUGUUGAUUACAUUUAUGAAACGCAUGUUUAAAGAAUUGGUUCAUAGAUUUGUCCUCCUAUGGCCAGAUCAUUUCAUUAUUCAAAUAAUGUCAUAAAUAGAAAAAAUAUAUAAAAUGCAGACCUCAGUUGUUAAUUUUAGGCUUAUAGUGUUAACUGUGUUUUGUUAAUGAUACUGUAUUUACCAUGAUGCUACUUGAAGUUGCAUUUGAAUGUAAAAUGUGUUGCCUCUUUGCAGUUUUUGAUGCUGCUUUUCAAUAGUUAAAUCAAAGCCUGCAUUUUUGUUGAACACAGUGUGCAUUAUCUGCAACAUAUUGCUCAUAUUCACUGGUAAUACCUGACAUUACUUUCUUGUAAUGUGUGUGGUUGCACUGAUUACAUGAUUGAUACAGUUGUAGAUGGUUCAGGACUACUCUUGCACAAUCAAACCCCUGCCUGAAAAUAACACUCUCCUCCACUUUGGACCAUGAGAAUAGCCUCUUGACCCCAAGGUAGAAGUUUGGGUUACCCUGUUCUUUUGUAUAGUAUUAUUCUGUAAUCUAUUCUGUGCACUCAUUUCAAGCAACACAAUGUGAAGUAUUACCCUUGAAUGCAAGGGACUGAUAGAACAUAUUGCUGAUUUGUGAACAUGCUCUAUAAAAAUGGUCUGGUGCUGUUUUGUGUUUAUUUGAAAAGAUACCUGCUGCAAUUGAUAUUUUAAUGUUUAGAUCUACAAGGAAAUUAGUGUGUUGUCAUUGUCAGCAUUUACUGCCUAUAAAGUAUUGUGUUGCCUAGAUAGAUUUUUAAGCAAUGUCCAAGUUACACUUAUUGUAUCUAUACAAAAAAUAAUAAAUGUGUUACACUA